GUGUUCUCUUCCGUUUCCUGCGGCAGAGGAAACGCUGGUCAGACGAAUUAUGGCAUGGCCAACUCCAUCAUGGAGAGAAUUUGCGAGAAGAGAGCGGAGGAAGGAUUACCAGGAUUGGCGAUUCAGUGGGGAGCUGUGGGUGAUGUGGGUCUUGUUGCCGAUAUGCAGGAGGACAAUAAAGAAUUAAUUAUCGGUG